AUGGUAGUCUUUACUAGCUAUUUGCAGCUCCGCGACAGGCUGUCGCAAGUAUGGUUGAAUAAAUACACACUGGUACUUUUCCUUGCGAUGGUUAAGCUAAUUUUCUUCUCAAAAUCCAUUGAGAACUCCAUUAAACAAUCUGAGAACUAUAUUUUGUCACAUUGUAAUGUCAUUGAUUCCAUAUAUGCUGAAACUGUAGGUAGUACACCUCAUUACAUGGCUGUCAUGGGUAAUUUUCUAAUAAGAGAAGCAAUGAUUCAGUCAGUUAGGGCUUCUCUCAUGACUUUAACACUGCUGGUAUACGCAAGUGAAGGAUUACUAAAUUUCGUGAUUGAUCUUUACUUAGGAACUUAUGCAUGUCUUAUCAUAAGCGCCGUUGACGGUUCAGUGGAUGUAGCUACCAAUGCGACAGAAAAACUACUUGGUGCUGUUAACCAUUCCAUAUCAGCAGUUGCUAAUGAUAUCGAUGACGGUCUCGAUGAUAUCUCAAAGGUGGUUAAUAAGUUAGUCUCUGCCGCGCAUAAAGUGGAAGACCUUUUCAAAGGCGAUAAGGAUAACGACGCAUCAGAUCACAUACAUAAAAUCAAUCUAACGGUGGAUUCGUUGAGAAAUUUACACAUACCAUCCUCUAUCAAUAAUAAGCUCCAAGAAUUAUCCGACAAGACGCCUGAUUUCGCCCAAGCUAAGAAUCUCUCCAAGCGUUUAGUAAGUGUACCGUUUGAAGAAGUUAUUAAAGAGAUAAAAAAGAUAAAUGCUACUAGAGUGAUUGGGAAUUCAAGUUUGCUUUACAUACCACCCAAAAACAGCAGUAACAGUUCGCAAGGAGGGAUUUGCAAGGCUAGCGAACCCGAUAUUAGGAAAUUCUACGAUGGUAUAAGCCAUGCCCUGACAGUUACCACAGUUAUUUGCACGGUACUGCUUGUGAUAGGAGCCCUCUGCGCUACAAUCCCCGUGGCGUACAGCGAAUUCAAACUUUGGGGACGCCUGCUUGAAAUGAGAACCCAAUACACCGAGAAGCAAGAGCCUUAUGCUAUUUCUGAUGACGAUUCCACUUCGCAUAUAUUCAGAACCCGUGAAGAAGGGUCUCAUUACGAUCUAAUAGCUAGUUAUCAUCAAUGUUUCCACCACUGGAACUUCAGAAUUUCAAAUGCACUAGUAUCACUGGUGGAAAGGUUUAGUCCACAGCAUAACGAUGACAAUGGUACGAAAACCCUUCAGAGAGCAAGAAUAAGGUGGGCAGUUGCAUAUGUUACAUCAGAAAGAGCACUAUGUGUGCUUGGUAUUGGUCUACUGGGAUUGGCGGUAACGAUUUUACAACUAAUUCUUGUAGCGGUAUUACAAAAAUCAUUAAAGGACGUUAGUGACUCAUCCAAAGACCUUAAGGAUACCCAAAUGGGGAAGAUAUUAGAGCAGGAUAUGGCUCAAUGGACUCACAGUGCGAAUUUAUACAUCAACAACACUCAAAAUAACGUUAAUGAACACGUAUUCGGCUGGGUUGACAAAACAACUGUAGCUGUUAAUCAUACCGUGAAUGAAGUAAUAAAUGAAAUUGAUCACACACUGGUUGGUGCUUUCAACGGUACAUUGCUCCAAAAACCAAUGAAGGCAGUCGUAGGAUGUGUUAUUGAAAACAAGCUCUACGCUAUAGAAAAAGCCAUGACAUGGAUCCAUGACAAAGCUCGACUGGACCUGCCAGAUAUCAAUCUCUCGCAGAUCAAAGAUGCAAUGGAAAAUUCAAAGAGUCCGUCAAGUCCCUCCAUAUUACCCAAGAUCACACACGAAAUCCAUGCCACCAUAAAACUGAUCCUAGACGGAUUCCACAAGACAGCAAUUUACCAAUUGCUGGUAGCACUAUCACUGCUAGGGAUCUGGUUUCUGCAGAUACCAAUAGCACUGAUAAUUGCAUUCUAUAGAACAACAAGAAUAAGCAAGUACUAG